AUGAACGAUAGAAUAACGACCACCAUCCUAGAAUGUGCAUCAGAAGUCGCACCGGCCAGUAAAAUGAAGGACUCAAAGCUCUCAACAGAAACGAGGAUUCUCAUGAAGAAAAGACGGAUGAUGAAGAAAACGGAGGUAAACAACAACAGGGACAUCAGAAACAACAUCGAAUAUGCAGAACUGGAUAAGACCAUCAAGAAGAAGGCAAGGGAAGACAUCAGGAAGCAGAACAUGAAGAAGAUAGCAGAGACCAUCGAAAAUGGAAAGAGCAUGAAAAGAGCAAAGAGAUCCUUUCAACUAGGGCAGGAUAGAAUGCUGACUCUUCUAGACAAAGAUGAAAAUGAGCUCACCACACAAGACCAGAUAUUAGAACGAGUAGAAGAAUUCUAUGGAGAGUUGUAUGACAGCAACAAGGGAAUAGAAAUCUCAACAAAGGCAUGCGAUCUACCAGACAUAACAGCUUGGGAAGUAGAGUCAGCAGUCCAGAAAAUGAAGAACGGAAAGGCUGCAGGAAAUGACAACAUCAAAGCAGAAAUGGUAAAAGCAGGAGGAGAUAUCCUAUCUCAGGAAUUAGCCAGGCUCUUCACAAAGUGCCUACAUCUGAAGGAAAUUCCUGUAGCAUGGAAGAACGCCAACAUGAUCAUAAUGUUCUUUUAA